UAGCUGAAAUCUGAAUACAUACACUGUACACAACUACACAUAGAAAUCGAGAAUCGCCAUGGAGCUAUUACCCUGGUGCUUAUGCCUGCUGCUGCUCCUCCUCCCUGCCCUUGUACUCCUCGAGUUGCACUGUCACCGGACUCCUCGAGCUACUGCACCACUGACAAGGUUGCCGCCCGGCCCGUGGCGGCUGCCGGUCAUCGGCAGCCUCCACCACCUGCUGACCAUGAAAGACGCUAGGCUCGUGCACCGCGCCAUGGCCGUCCUCGCGCGCCGCUGCAACGCCCCCGUUAUGUACGUCCAGCUGGGAGAGCUACACGUUGUGGUCGUCUCGUCAGCCAACGCUGCGCGAGAGGUUAUCAGGGAGCACGACGCCAACUUCGCCACCCGGACCAUGACCAUGACCAUGAGAGACACCAUCGGAGACAUGGUAGGGCUCGUCCUGUCGCCGCACGGCGCCAUGUGGCGGCGGCUCCGCAGGAUCUGCACAGUCCAACUUCUCAGCGCGAGGCGCGUGCGGUCCUUCCGCCCCAUCCGCGAGGACGAAGCAGCGCGCCUUGCCCACGCCAUCGCCACAGACACGCGCGCUGCGGCGCCCGGCGAGCGGCAGGUGAUGAAUGUCAGCGAGCUGGUAUCUCGGCUCGUGUCCGACACGGUGCUGCGCGCCAUCAUGGGGGAGCGGUUCAGGUGGCGGGAGGAGUUCAUGGCGACGCUUGCCAAGGCGAUGAUGAAGGGCGCUGAGUUCAGCGCCGCCGACUUGUUCCCGUCGUCGAGGCUCCUGCGCACCAUAGGCAGCACGCUGAGGGAAGCCAAGGCGUUGAACACCAAGUUGUUCGGGCUGGUGGAUCGCGCCAUCGACCAGCGCCGGGAGAGGAAGGCUGGCGUGGCUGCGGAAGACGACGACAAUGAAAUGCGCGACUUGCUGGAUGUGCUUUUGAGGUUGCAGGAACACGAUGACCACGACUGCGCUCUCCCAUUGCCGACCAUCAAAGCUGUCAUCCUCGACAUGUUUGGGACCGGAAGCAGCACAACAUCGACAACCAUCCAAUGGGCCAUAUUAGAGCUCAUGAGGAAUCCAAAAGUAAUGCAAAAGGUACAACAAGAGAUACGUCAUGCCUUGGGAUGCAAAUCAAGGGUAACUGAGGAUGACUUGAUCAACCUAAAGUACCUAAAGCUUGUAAUUAAAGAAACCUUCAGAUUACACCCUGCAACAGCCGUACUUUUCCCAAAAGAGUGUCAGGAAUCCUGUAAGAUCCUUGGAUAUGAUGUGCCAAAGGGCAUGCUCAUGAUCAUGAAUGUCUGGGCUAUUGGUAGGGACCCAGAGUAUUGGGAUGAUGCUGAAGUUUUCAAGCCAGAGCGUUUUGAAGGAAUCACGGUUGAUUUCAAAGGCACGGACUUCCAAUUCUUACCGUUUGGAGGAGGACGAAGGAUGUGUCCGGGCAUAAUGUUCGCACAUGCGAACAUUGAGCUGGCCCUCGCAACGCUUCUGUACCACUUUGACUGGCAACUACCACCUGGGGUCACGCCCGAUGCAGUAGACAUGACUGAGAAAUUCGGUGUGGACGUGCGGCCAAAGAGGGAUGUUUACCUUUGUCCAAUCCUUGUUGUGCCGCCGGAAGCGGAGGCCUAG